AUCCAUAAUUAUUGAACUUUUAUGUCCAGAAACUGUGAGCUUUAUAUCCAGAAUUCUAUCACUAUACAUCCAGAAUUAUAAUACUAUACAUCCACAAAUUUCUAAACUGAUACUCUGUUCUGGCUUUUAACACUAUGCAGUCAGUGAAGAUGUUGUUGUUGAUUCACCAAGUUCAGAUCCAAUAGAGUUAGACAUUGAUGGUUCUUCUUCUAAUCCAGUUGAUGAAGAUUUGGUUGGUGUUGUUGUAAGUAACGGGGUUGAAGCGUAUGAGUUGUAUAACAAUUAUGCAUAUAGAGUUGGUUUUAGUGUGAGGAAGGGUAAUCAACGGUGCAAGGUAUAUAGCAAAACAGUCCAAAUGAAGAUGUUUAUGUGUUCUAAAGCUGGUUUUAAGGUUAAGGCAAAUGCUGGUGUUAGGGCAUAUUCAAAAAUUGACACAAGGUCAGGGUGUGGUGCAUGUGUUCAGUUUGACGUCGGUGAGGAUGGGUUGUGGACGGUUACAAAACAUGUAAAAGUGCACAAUCACGAGUUAUGUGCUGUAGACAAGAGUCAUCUUCUGCGUUCACAUAGAAAUGUGGGUGAUAAUCAACUGUUAUAUUUAAAAGAUUUGAAGAAGAGUGGUGUUGCAAUGGCAGAUGGUAUUAGGUUCUUGAAACAUCAAGCAGGGGGGUCUCCAUUAGUUGGCUUCACUAAUCGAGAUGCUUAUAAUUCAAUUGCUUCUGAUACAUCAAAGCGUUUGGAUGGAACCGAUUCGAACUCAUUAAUUGAAAUAUUUAGGAAGAGGCAGUCGACUGAGUCUGAUUUUUUCUUUGAUUUUGAAGUUGAUUGUGAUUCAAGACUAUGCAGUUUUUUUUGGAGGGAUGGUCGGAUGAGACAAGACUAUGAGUUGUUUGGGGAUUUAUUAGUGCACGAUACAACUUAUCGCACUAAUAAAUAUGAUAUGAUUUGUGGCCCUUUUGUAGGGAUGAACCACCAUUGCAUGAAUGUAAUGUUUGGAUGUGGUUUUCUGAUGAAUGAGAGGAUAGAAUCAUUUGUGUGGCUGUUUAGAGCAUUUUUAAGGUCUAUGAAUGAGAAAUGUCCACAGACUAUCAUGACAGAUCAAUGUGCAUCCAUGGCUGCUGCUAUUUGUCAGGUGUUUCCAACAUCACGUCACCGUCUUUGCAUAUGGCAUAUUGGCGAGAAUUCGAAGAAGCAUAUCAAGGCGUUAAGGAAUAACAAGGAUUUCUUAGAUAUGUUUAACUGUGUGUUGAAAUACACAGAGACUGAAGCUGAGUUUGAAUUUUAUUGGACAAGGUUGGUGACUGACUACAAGUGCCACAAGAAUAGUUGGAUACAAAAGCUGUAUGACUGUAGGGAGAAGUGGUGUCCAGCAUUCAAUAAGGACUAUUUUUCAGGGGGCAUUUUAUCAUCGCAAAGGAGUGAAACUACUAACCAUUCGAUUUCAAGAAGGUUGUCCAAGACUGCAGGUCUAUGUGAUUUUUAUUCAUCGUUUGUUAGUGUAACUUCUGAAUGGAGGAGCAAAGAGAAUGGUGAAGACUUUCGUUGUACUCAAGGGGUACCCAACAUGAUGAUGGAGCACGUGAAACUUCUGUUACACGCUAGAGAGGUAUAUACGAUUGAGAUAUAUUUUUUGUUUGAGGAACAAUUCAUGAAAGGCAAUGCCUGUCAUCAAGAAAUGGUGUUGAAUGAAGGUUGUCAGUUCAAGUAUCACGUAUGGCGUCCAGAUAUAGAUAUUAUAAGGCAUGAAGUCAGUUUUAAGUUGUCAACCUUAGACAUUUCGUGUAGUUGCAAGUUGAUUUCGGAGUUAGGAAUUGUAUGCUGCCAUUGUUUACGCAUUCUUCAUAUACACUGUGUUUCAAGUAUUCCUAACAAAUAUAUCAUGAAAAGGUGGACUAAAAAGGUUGUUGAUGGUAGGGAUGUGAAUACUGGUUCAAUGUUUUGUAGAGCUGGUGUCCCUCCUUCAAUUUGGGUUGUGGAGAUUUGCAGAAAGUUUAAAAGAUUGAUUUCAUCUAGUCAAGAUAACAGUGUAACUAGGCAGUUCUGUGAUGAAGCAGUUGAGGAAGCAAAGAAAAAGGUUGAAGCUGAGAUUGGCUAUGUGCAAAUUGAAGAGUGCGGUGUUUCAUCUUCAAGUGGUGUCAUUCAAAAUCCUUCAAACCGGAGAUCAAAAGGUGAGCGUAACGUAAGGAGGAGUAGUGUUAUUGAAAAGAAGUACAGUGCUGCAAGGGGGAGGAGGAGUGCUGCAAAUAAAGUUGCUUCGAGUACAAAAGGUGCUGUUCAGUCGUUGGUUUUGGAAAGUCUAUCUGAGAUUGCCGGGGAUGGGUACCUUGUACAUCCAAGUUCUGGGAGUUCGGAGUUUUGUCAGUAUAGUAAUGAUGUAGAUGAUAAUGCAGUUGUAGAUUGA